AUGGGAAACGCCAUGGCGAAAAAUAUGCAAAGGCAUCUGGCAGAGAUGGGACAAAACCCCCUGCAGUUCUGGAACCGAACCGCAUCCAAAGGAGAGCAAUUGAAGGGACUUGGAGGAGUUGAUUGCGAGUCAAUUGCAGCCGUUGUCAACAGCAGCGAUAUCAUUUUUAUCUCUACCAGUGAUGAUGCUGCUCUUAAGACCAUCGUUGACGAGAUCCUGGCCGCAGGAAACAUCGACGCUAAGAUCAUUGUGGACACAACAACUGUGCAUCCAACCACCAGCCAAGAGGUCUCGGGGAAGGUAGAACAGAAGAAUGCUACUUUUAUCUCAGCUCCCGUGUUCGGCUCCAGCCCUAUGGCCGAGGACAGAAAGAUCCUGAUAGUACUGGCUGGUGACCUCUCUAGCAUCAAGAAGCUGGCAUCAUAUCUCAAAGGCGUGAUAGCUCGUGAGACCAUCACAGUGUCUGACAAGUCAGAAAAGGCUGCACUCUUGAAGAUCAUGGGCAACUUCAUCAUCUCUGGAUUCACCGAGAUUAUUGGAGAAGCCCACGUUCUGGCAGAGAAGAGUGAGAUGGGCGAUGAAGCUCUUGAGAAUCUACUCGAGCUCCAAUUUGGACUCUUGCCUGGCAUGAUUUCUAAGCGGUUGACCAAAGGCAGUUACAUGCCGCCGAGGGGCGAAAAUCCCUGGUCCGAUCUCAGUCUUGGUCUGAAAGACGUGGGACACAGCAUCGACUGUGCAGACACUGCCGGGACGAGAUUAGAGGUUGCUGAGGUCGCGCUGGACCAUCUAAAACGUGCCAGUGCUUAUUCCGAGCAGGAGGGUAGGCCAUUGGACUCGUCGGCCAUGUAUGGCAUCAUUAGGCAGGAUGCAGGAUUGGACUUUGAGAAUGACUUUGUCAAGAAAAGAGAUGCACAAUAG